ACAGUAGCAGCGAGAGAGUCAGAUGUAAAAGAAAGGUGGAGUAAAGAUGUCCUCCAGUGACCUCAGUUAUGGAUCUGGUGACGCACACCAUCUCCCUGAAGUGAGGAUUGUGCUCUUGGGCUGCAGGAAAGCUGGGAAAAGUUCAUCAGGAAACACCAUCCUGGGCAGAGACGAAUUUGCUUUACGGACAAGCGCAGAGUGUGUGAAGAGACAUGGAGAAGUAGCAGGGAGGAAGAUCACAGUGGUUGAAGCUCCAGGAUGGCAGAGAAAUAAAACUGUAAGCAACUCCACUGAGUCAUUUAAACAGGAGAUUGUGCUCAGUGCAUCCACAUGUCCCCACGCUGUUCUGCUGGUCCUGCGUCUAGACGUCAAAUCGUGGAAGAGUGAGAAAAAUGUGUUGGAGGGAUAUCUGAAUCUUCUUGGUGACGAUGUCUGGAAUCAUACCAUAGUUCUGUUCACCUUUGGGGACUCUCUGAGAGACACAACCCUCGAGCAAUACAUGGAGAGAAGAAAAGAGUACAUCCAGUGGCUGACUGAGAAAUGUGGAAACAGAUAUCAUGUGUUUAACAAUGAAAAGAGAGAUGAUGUCUCUCAGGUCACAGAGCUGCUCGAGAAGAUAGAGAAGAUGGUGGCAGGAAAUGGAGGCUGCCAUUUUGAAAUGGACACAAAAGCAGAGCAUAAGACAAAGAAAAAGACAAAGAAACAUAAGGAAAAGGAAAGAAAGGUGGAAGAUUCUGCAGCAGCUUCGAACUCUCCUCCUGUUCGUCGGCCUGCUCGGAUGUGUUCCCCUAUUCCCUCCCGCCCCGGUUCCAUUACACAUCUAAACAACCCUGGAAAGGAGUCAGCAGGCAAACCUCAACCCACACAUCCUACCCAAGGUUCCUACAAGGGUCUUCACACCUCCCCAAAACAUAAACAAAUUUCAAACCGAAGUGUUCAGCACCCAGAAGACAUCCAAGAAUUUACUCCUGAACUGGUUAAAAGGUGUUCUGAGGAUAAGGACGAAGAUAAAUACAGGUUUCUUUGCCCUCAUGCUGGUCGGUUUAAGUGCGGAGUGACUGAACUUGUGUUUGAGACGGAAGGUAAAGGGGAAGUGCUGUACAGAAUAGUAUCCUGGGACAGGAGACGCUUGGAUGGAUUGGGUCAAAAGGAGCCUGCGGGACCUCUGUAUGAUAUCAACAGCCCUGAAGGUUGUAUCCAUCGUCUGCACUUUCCACACUGUGAGACCGUUACCAAUGUGGUUAAAUUGACUGUGGCGCACGCAACUAGUGGAAAUGUGGAGAUCAUUCAGCCGCUAAAAGUAACAGACACACAUGUGAUCAUACACAUCCAUGGUCUCUCCCUCUUUGGUUUAUUAAAAGCGCUGGUAUUCCAAGCGUAUCCCAUUAGAGCCCAAGUUCUCUUGUUCCAUAAAAAAAAGACUGAAAAACACAGUGUGAGUAAACUGAACAUCCAUCUGUUGCCAGGGAAUGUGCCAGUUAAAGAGGUGCAGAAACAACGCAAGUGCAAUGAGAACAUCGAGACAACCUCCAAAUGUCAGCUGAUCCCUGGGAAACUAUACAGGCCGUGCUGUAAAACUACUGAGCGUGAUUACGUACCUCAACCAGAGAAAGAGACGUUUGAUCUUGACUACGGCCCCAACUAUCACCCUACGUUUGAGGUGCUGUUUAAUACCGAGCCUGAUAAGAUCACUCUAAGUCUUUUGGAUGAAAAUGGCCAGGAGGUGUGGACCCCACGUGAUGUCCCGCUUCUUACAGAUACAGAGGCAGUCUCAACAAACACGGAUACAGCAGGUGCUGUCUUUGUGGACAAACACAGAGAAAAGCUCAUUCAGAGAGUUCCUUCAGUAAUGGAGGUUGCAGACGGUCUAAAGAGCAAGAACAUGAUUACUGCUGAAAUGUACAAUAACAUUCAGGCAAAGCCAACACCUCAGGAUAAAAUGAGAGCAUUGUACGCAUGUCUCGACUCAGGGGGAAUAGCUGCGAAAGAAGAAUUCUAUGACAUCCUUGAAAGGAAGUACAUUUAUUUAGUAGACGAUUUGAAGUCUGAGUCAGAUCAGGCUUAUAUAAACUGUAUGGCAUCAGGUGAACAGUCAGGUCUCGAAGUUGAUCUGUUGGAAGCCGGAGAAAUGGGCGGGUGUAAGGAUCUGAGAGACUUUGACCUAGGGCCAGAUUGUGAUAUACAGGCUCUGACCCAGAUAAAAGCGCAGGUCUUGUGGGAUGUUCCCGCCAGGUUUAUCCUGGUUUUGAUGUCCGUACAGCAUGACACUGUGAAAUGUUCUUUAGCAAAAUGUGUUUUUAUCUUGCAUUGUAGAUGUGAAAAAGAGCUGGAGGAACAGUUAAACAUGGCACUCACUUACCUCGGAUCUGGAUCAGACCAACAUCUCUCAGAGCUGAGAAUUUUGCUUGUGGGAAAUGUGAAGUCGGGAAAGAGUUCAGCAGGAAAUACCAUAUUGGGCAGAAAAAGAUUUGGCUUCAGUAGAACUGCAAAAUGUGUAAAGAGACAAAGAACUGCAGUAGGGACGAAGAUCACUCUGGUUGAAGCUCCAGGAUGGUUGAAUGAUAGACUUGUAGAAGAGAGCACCAAUUUACUUAAAGAGGAGAUUGUCCUCAGUGUAUCCAUGUGUCCUCCAGGACCUCAUGCUGUGCUGCUGGUCGUAGGUUUGGACAUUAAUUUUCAAGAUAUUGAUAGACAGAUAUUAGAAGGACACAUGAAUCUUUUUGGUGACCAGGUCUGGACUCACACCAUAGUUCUGUUCACAUUUGGAGACUCGCUGGAAAACAUCACCAUUGAAAAACACAUUGAAGAUGAAGGGAAUGCCCUCAAAUGGCUGGUAGAGAAAUGUGGCAACAGGUAUCAUGUUUUCAUGAAUGAUAAUAGGAAUCAUAUGCAGGUUACAGAUCUUCUAGAGAAGAUAGAGGAGAUGGUGGACAGAAACAGGGGUCACCAUUUUGAAACUGACACAAAGAUUUUACAAGAAUUGGAAGAGAAAAGGAGAGUAGUGCAAGGGAGAUCAAUGGAGAGAAGAAGGAAGGUGUCAAAGCAGAGAGAAGAAAUUAGAAAGCACAUGCGUCCGACAAACCAUUUUCCAGAGGUGAAUAUUUUGCUGCUGGGCUGCAGGAAUGCUGGGAAAAGUUCAGCAGGAAACAUCAUCCUACGCGGAGAAGCAUUUCAAUUAAACAGAGCUGUGGAUUCUGUAAUGAGAAAGGGAAAUGCAGCAGAUAGGAAGAUCACUGUGGUUGAAGCUCCAGGAUGGUGGCCUGAUAGACCUGUCGAGGAGAGCACUGAGAUGCUUAAACAGGAGAUUGUCCUCAGUGUGUCCGAGUGUCCUCCAGGACCACAUGCUGUACUGGCGGUGGUAAAUGGGGACAGGAUGUUCAGAAAGAACGACAGAGAAAUAUUAGAAGGAUACCUGAUGCUUCUCGGUGACAAAGUCUGGAGUCACACUAUAGUUCUGUUCACCUUUAUGGACACUAUGGGAAACACAACCAUAGAGAGACACAUCGAGAGUGAAGGGGAGGAUCUCCAGUGGCUGGUUGAGAAAUGUCAAAACAGAUAUCAUGUUUUUAACAUUCAAAAGAGGGAUGAUAUUCAGGUCAAAGAGCUGCUGGAAAAGAUAGAGGAGAUAGUGGCAGGAAACAAAGACUGCCAUUUGGAAAUCGACACAAAUCUAUCACUAUUAAAAGAUAGGAGGAAAGAAGAGAUAGAAAGGUCAAUGGAGAGGAUGUUUUGGGUGUCAAACCACAGAGAAUUCAUUCACUCACACAUGCGUGGCCUACACGGUUUCUCAGAGCUGAGCAUUGUACUGCUGGGCUGCAGGAAUUCUGGGAAAAGUUCAACAGGAAACACAAUCCUUCGGAACGAUAAAGAGUUUAACAGUAAAAGUAAAACUUGUGUCAAGAGACAGGGAAAUGUAUCAGGGAUGAAUCUCACUGUAGUUGAAGCUCCAGGAUGGUGGCCUGAUAGACCUGUCGAGGAGAGCACUGAGAUGCUUAAACAGGAGAUUGUCCUCAGUGUGUCCGAAUGUCCUCCAGGACCAUGUGCUGUACUGCUGGUGGUAAAUGGGGACAGGAUAUUCACAGAGAAAGACAGAACAAUAUUAGCAGGAUACAUGAAGCUUCUUGGUGACAAAAUCUGGAGUCAGACCAUAGUUCUGUUUACCUUUGGGGACUCUCUGGGAAACACAACCAUAGAGAGACACAUUGAGAGUGAAGGGGAGGCUCUACGGUGGCUGGUUGAGAAAUGUGGAAACAGAUAUCAUGUCUUUAACAAUAGACAGGCACACGAUGGUUUUCAGGUCACUGAGCUGCUGCUGAAGAUACAGAUGAUUACAGAAAAAGGAUGCUAUCAUUUCGAAAAGGUCCCGAAGACAUUACGACGAGUAGAAGAGUCGAAGGAAGUAGAGGAUGAGAGACUGAUGGAGAGGAUGUUAAAAGUGUUCAACGAACAUGUGUACUCAAAUAUAUUACAAAAGAUGAGACCAGAGGAAAAGACAUUAUUGGAGAGAACGACAAAGGUUCUGCAGUCACCUCCCACCUUCCAAAAACAUCUCAGUAUAGAGGCAACCUCACCCAAAACAGAUGUAACAGGUGCUGACUUUGUGGAUCAGCACAGAGAAAUGCUCAUUCAGAGAGUUACUUCAAUCAUGGAGAUCGCGGACAGUCUAAGAAGCAAGGAAAUGAUCACUAAGGAAAUGUACAGUUACAUUGAGGUACAGUCAACACCUCAAGAGAAAAUGAGAGAACUGUACAAACAUCUGGAAUCAGGAGGAAGAAAAGUGAAAGCUGAAUUCUAUCAAAUUCUUAAAAAGAAGCAGCCCUUCUUGGUCGAGGAACUGGAGAUCGGAGCAGUUCAGGUUUAGUUAACACUUAAUGGAGAGCACAUAUGCUUGCAUUUUUCAGUUGUGUUAUUGUAAACAAAGUAAAUAUUCCAACCAAGUACAGUGCCUUCAAGUAUUCAUCCUCCUUCAAAGUCAUCAGAUUCAUCUGGAUUACAAAUGACACUCACACAGAUAGCACACCAGACAGCAUUGUUAUUGCAAACCAUUAUGCUCUUCAAGUACAUUUUCAACUAAUCAUUAUUUGUCACUGAUCUAAAAAAAAUGAAGAAAAAAUCUUGCUUGCAUAAGUAUUCAGUCCUUUCAGGCUAGUACUUUCCUUUCAACUUUGCACACUGUUUGAGAGUCAUUUUUGCCCAUUCUUCAAUUUUCAAGCAGUACCACAGAUUCACAGUGAGAUUCAGAUCUGGAUUGCUUAUUGUGUAUUGGUCUUGUGUUUGGCAAAGUUGUCCUACUGAAAUUGAAUCUUUCUCCCAAGCUUGAGGGUUUUUUUUAUGGGGGUUUGUUAGCAAACUGAAGCAGGAUUUCUUGUACUACCACCUUAUAUUUUGCCCCGUCUGUUCUCCGUCAAAUUUCUGAUAAGAAGCCCCGAUUCUGAGGAUGAAAAGCAUCCCCAGGGCAUGAUGUGGCCACCACCAUUGUUCACUGUUAGGGAUGGUUUUAACUGAGGUAUGACCUGUGUUAGGUUUACACCACACCGUGCUUUGAAACUUCCCCAAAUACACCAACUCAAUCAUGAUCUCAUCACACCAAAAAACCACAUCUUCACUGGAUCACUCUUGUGCCUUCAUGUGGCUUUUCUUGAGCAAUGGUUUCUUUCUAGCCAACCUCCCAUACAGUCCUCGAAAAUACAUACAGAGCUCUUAACAGUUAAGAGCUCAACAGUCUCUGUCUUGGGUUUGCACUGGGUUUUGAGGGAAGGCCUUGUCCUGGUAGUGCUUGGUUGGUGUGAUGCUGCAUCCUAACUAUUGACGUGACAGUGAUUACUGGGAUGUCCUCUUGGAUAUCAUUUUACACCUCAUUCCUAAGUAAGGAAAUUCUAUUAAAUGAUAUUGAACUUCCUUAGAAUGCUCAUUAGUCUUCAUUUUUACUCCUUUCCUUCAGUCUGCUCAAUGACAAAGAAAAUGGUAGAUGUUUUAAUAUUUCACAGGUGAAGGCCAAUUAAAAGUGAAUUUGGUCCUAAGUAAAACAAUAGCAUUCAUCUUGAGCUUCUGGAACCUGGGGGUUGAAUACUUUUGCAAGCAGUAGUUUUUUUUCCCUUCAGUUUUUUUACAUGGGUUUGGAGUAAUAUAAAAAUACUCAGAAAGUAAAUCAGAAAGAAUACCUGUAUUUAUCAAAUGUUAUUCAGACAAAUUUGAUCAAUCAUCAACUGUUUUUCUUCCCUCUUCUAUACUGCUAUUGUAUCUGUCUGUUAUCUGAGAUACGGUAUGUUUGAUAUAUGUUUUAUGCCUCGUUUAUCAAUGGGAAACUUUACCCUGGUAAUAAUUAAUUAAACAUUGGCAGUCAUUUGGAAGCUUUUCAGAUUUUACAUGUUGAUUCUACUGUUUUAAAAAUAUCUGACCUCAAAAGUACUGUUUAUGUUUUGAAAUAAAGAACUUGUUUUCAGAGGCUCA